AAGAUAGGCUGAGUACCCUGCCCGACGAUCUUUUACUGUCCAUCUUGGGGAGAGUCAGUUCACGUGUGGCGGCAAGGACAAGUGUGCUCUCUACACGGUGGAGGCAUCUUAGUUGGUGGCUGCCUGAGCUCAGCAUCAAUGUCAAGGAUUUCCUAUCUGCUCCGUGUGCUGACCCUAUGGAGGCAAAUGAUAUGGAACAAGCUAUGGCGUCUUUAACCAAAGCAACCAGGAGUUUGUUGGAUAAACAACAGAGAGAAUCCAGUAUCUCAAGUUUGCACCUUAACCUCUAUUUGAUCGGCAAUUUCCUUUGCGAAGUUGGCCAACUGAUAGGUGAUGCAAUCGACAGUGGUUUGUUGAAAGAUUUGGAUCUCACCAUUCUUGAUGAGAUGGAGCCUCUCGACUGUAGUGCGGAAGAGCUGCAACAGUGAGCUCAAGACAUAGAUGCUUUUUUCACUGCCUACCCUAGUGUCCUCCUCUGCCUCACAAAGCUCUCUCUAAAAAAAUGUAGGCUUUGACAAAUUGGACAUGCACCAUCUCCUGUUUGACUGCUGCAAGCAACUGACGCAUCUAACUCUUCAUCAUUGUGAUACUGGUUCCUUCUCUCUCUUUAAGAUUGAUGCACCAGGCUCAAAACUCCGUAUUCUAGAAAUCGAGAAGUGUCGCUUUCUGAGAAUCGACCUGGUGUGCCUCCCGAAAUUAGAGAAGUUCUUAUGGGAGACCUGGGUAUCUCAGGUUGCCCCAUUGACCUUUGGUUUUGUCCCAUCUCUUGGGGAAUUAGAACUCUCAAGUGGUUCAAAUUGUGAUCAACGCUUAUUUAGAUUAAGUGAACUUCUACAUGGAGUAACAAGCAUACAUACUCUCACAUUGGAUUUCCAAGGAGAAACCCUUUGGGUGCAACCUGAAAUGGAGGAACUUCGCACCGCAUUCAGCAAACUAAGGAAGCUGUUCGUACGUGGUAUAUUUGUUGAAUUUGGCAUUUCAUGGACGACAGCCUUUCUUGUAGCAGCACCAUCUAUCGAAAUGUUGCAUAUUGAGGUAUGGGAACAUACAUGCGAUGUGGGUGAGGCCAGACCUGCUUCCUACCAUGACAGAAAGAGUCCUCGAUGGGAAAUGCACUUGGACAGCAGCUCCGAGAACAGGCUUCUAAAAGAGCUAGAAUUUGCUGGAUUUAAAUCACUCGAACAACAGUUUACAUUUAUAAGAUCCAUGUUGGAGCGAUGUCCCAACUUGCAGAAGAUAGUUCUGGGAGAUGAGGAGCAGUGCGAUGACUGCGACACCCUUAAGGUACCUCGUCCUUCGAGAUUUCCAAGCAAGGAAGAUGAGCAAGAAAUGGUGGUUAAGCGGAUUAGAGAUGAAAUGUUCUCGCCAGAGAUAUUUUUUUAUGAGUACGAAGAGAGCUGA